GACGAAGGAGCGGCCGGCGCGGACCCGGCCCGCCAGUCCCUCGCCGUCCCCGGGCGCUCACGGCCGGCACUGCGGCCCCGAGGGGAAGAGCUCGUCGCGCAGCCCGGACGCCCAGCCCCGCUCGUGGAGUUCCAGCCGCUCGCCCUCCAAGUCCCGCUCGCGAUCAGCGGAAAAGCGGACCCGCAGCGCUAGCCGCUCGCCGUCGCCCAAGAAGGCUGCUGGCCGGGACAAGGACGCCGAGGGCCGCGUGAGGCAAGCCGAGGCCGAGGCCGCCCGCGCUCGGCGCCGCUCCCGCAGCUACUCGCCCAUCCGCAAACGGCGCCGGGAUUCGCCCAGCUUCAUGGAGCCACGGCGCAUCACCAGACUUGGGCUCCUCUUCCCGCACACAGGCGAGGAGGGAAAACAUAACACAUGGAUUUGGCAAGUGGCCACUGACUACUACAUCCUGUCUGGGGGCUCUCUAAUGACUACGAAAGUUACAGCAGUCGGAGUCGAGGGACCCACAGCCGCACACGCAGCCCCUCCCGGACCCCCAGUCCCAGCUACCACAGUCGGAGCAGCUCGGAGAGCGGGGGCUUCUGAGCCCAGACAGACCCAGCUUGGUUGCCUCCUGUUCCAGGGAGAGGCGAGGAGCCAGGCCCCAAGACCCUGGGGGGGGCUACACCCCCACUGCUAUACAGAGGGCCCGGGGCCAGCAUACAUGGACAAACCAGAUUCUGGUGCUUUUAGAGGGUACCCACCUCCACCUCCUGUCCACCUACCAGGUCCAGGGAACAAAGAGCCGUUGCAAACACAGGGAUCACCCGGCCCCUCUUCUGCUUGA